UUUUCUGUACAACACUCUUAUCCCUCAAAUACCCCAGUGUUCACUCUCUCAAACACAACACAAAACCUUUUCCAAUGGCAACUCUCAAUUUCACAAUCCUUUCUAAAACCCUAACAACAACAAUAACCCCUCUUAACCAUAAACCCAACAUUUCAAAACCAGCUUCUUUUCUGAAUUCCAACUUCCCUUUUGAUAACAACAACAGGAACAACCCAUUUCAUUCCAUAAAAAGACCCAUUUUGACUGUGGUCAAGGCAGUAGAUGGGGAAUAUUCUUCUAGAAGAAGUAGUAGUAGUGAACCAAGAGAGACAAUAAUGUUACCUGGGUGUGAUUAUAAUCAUUGGUUGAUUGUUAUGGAGUUUCCUAAAGACCCUGCUCCUACUAGAGAACAAAUGAUUGAUACUUAUUUGAAUACCCUUGCCACUGUUCUUGGCAGCAUGGAGGAAGCAAAGAAGAACAUGUAUGCUUUUAGCACCACAACAUACACUGGAUUCCAAUGCACAGUAUCUGAGGAGAUAUCUGAAAAGUUUAAGGGAUUACCUGGAGUGCUCUGGGUUUUGCCCGAUUCAUACAUAGAUGUGAAGAAUAAGGACUACGGAGGUGACAAGUAUGUGAAUGGGGAAAUAAUUCCUUGCCAAUAUCCGACUUAUCAACCGAAGCCACGGAAGCAAUCAAAAUACGAGAGUAAAAGGUAUGUGAGACAAAGAGAUGGUCCUCCUCCUGAGCAGAGAAGACCAAAGCAAGAGGCUGCUUCUUCUGAAUCACCCUCAUCAUGAUAUCUCCAAAUGGACAAAUUAUGGCUGCCAACUUUUAGCUUGAAAGAGAAGAGACUUUGUCAGGAAUGCUAGAAACACCUAGCCAUGUCUACGCAGUCAAGAUAUUAGCGAUCUCUGCUUAUGAUGUGGUUUAAUUUUGUAAAAUGUUAUUGCAAAAAUUGCGUGGAAGCUGUGAUUGACUUGUGGUUGAACACUAGCUAGAAUGAAUGAAUGAUAAUAUUAUUCAAUAUGCAAGAAUAUAUGUCGUAUUUGGAUUUAA